AACGGAAACCGUGCGCGCGCUCGCUGCACGCGCUGCUCCAUUGGUUUCAGUGCACGUGUGCGAACAGCAGCAGCAGCCGCCGAGAGAGAGCCAUGAAGCGACCGAAGUUAAAGAAGGGAAGCAAGCGCGUAUCCUGCGCUAAACGCUUCAAAAUUCAGAAAAAGGUUCGGGAACACCACAAAAAAUUACGGAAGGAGGCGAAGAAAAGUGGAAUCAAGAGAAAGCUCAAGAAGGACAUUGAAGUACCAAACAGUGCUCCAUUUAAGGAAGAGGUCCUUAGAGAAGCAGAGCAGAGGAAACAGGAGCUUGAAGAGCUGAAGGAAAAGAACAGACUAGCCAAGCAGAAGGAGCGAGCAGAGAAGAGAAAGGCGGCCAAAGAUGGCGUCAGUGGUGCUGAGGAGCCAAAGUCAAAGAGAGUUAAAAAGGAGGAGAAGGUAAAGGCUCAGAGGCAAGCUAGGGCAGCUGUCGCCAAGGAGAAAAGCAACAAGGUGUUCAGAUGCAAGGAGCUGAAUAAGGUCAUCGAAGCAUCAGAUGUUAUAAUAGAAGUUCUGGAUGCAAGGGAUCCUUUGGGCUGCCGCUGUCCUCAGCUAGAGGAGGCAGUGCUGAAACAUGAGGGGAAGAAAAGACUGCUGUUUGUGAUGACAAAGAUAGAUCUUGUUCCUAAAGAGAAUUUAGAGAAGUGGGUUGAAUAUCUUAAAGAAGAGUGUCCAACGUUUGUCUUCAAAGCAUGCAUGCGGAUACAGGAUAAGACUGUGAUGGAGAAGAAGCAAAAAGCCAAUGGAAAAGUGGACCUCAGCAGAGCAGCAUCUUCGUUUGGUUGUGAUUCUUUAAUGCAGACCCUUUCAGACUUGUCCAACAAGCUUGAAAGUGAGAGCAUGCUGAAAGUUGGCGUUGUUGGUUUUCCUGGUGUGGGAAAAAGCAGUAUUAUUAACUCUCUGAAGGGCAUCAGAGCAUGCCAUGCUGGUGUACAGCGAGGACUGACAAAGUGUAUGCAGGAAGUGCAUAUCUCCAAGAAGGUGAAGAUGAUUGACAGUCCAGCAAUGGUGGCAGCUCCAUCCAGUUCUGGAGAAAAGCUGGUUUUGAGGAGUCUACAGGUGGAGGAGAAUGAGGCGAGUCCUUUGGAGGCAGUGCAAACAUUGCUGAAACAUUGCAACCAACAAGAUAUCAUGCUGGAGUACACCGUUCCAGACUACAGAAACGCUCUGGAGUUUUUAACCCUUUUUGCCAAGAAGCGUGGGUUCCUGCAGAAAGGUGCACUGCCCAACGUAGAACAGGCUGCAACUGUGUUUCUCAAUGACUGGACCGGACCUAAACUAAGUUACCAUACCAAAGUACCAGAGCGACAGGGCCUGCCUCCACACCUCACUGAAGAUCUGGUUGCACAGAUGCAGGCUGGCAUGAACUUGGAUAAGAUGAACAUGGCGAACGUGCAGAUCAUCAAAUGCAUACGAUGCCCUAACAAGGCGAGCAGCAUUCCUUUCAACUCGAAGAAUAUGACUGAUGGUAUUCUGAGUGUCUGUGAGCUACCAGCAGUAAAGCCUGCAGUAGAGGAGGAGGAGAAGAAGGAGGAGGAGCAGACAGAGAAUCUUGAGGAAACUGAGGAUGCUGAGGAGAUUGAGACUCCUGAGUCAGAAGUGGUACAGACUCCAAAACCAUCUCAGAAGAAAAAUGCACGGAAGCGAACGAAAGCAAAGGCCACGCCAGCACAUGUCAGCUUUGACCUGCCGGCUGCACAGCAGAAUGAUGAUGAAGCUUAUGAUUUCAACACAGACUUUGUAUAAAUGUUUGUGUCUACACAACAGAGAGCAGAGUGUUUGUGUGUGUAUGUGUAAAGGUCUGAUGAGGCUGAUUUGUCGGAUGUUCUGUAUUUCUGUCUGUCUGACAGGACCUGUUGUAAAUAUGAGACAGAUAAUUAAACUUUUGAUCUUCUGAGAUUUCUA